CGAGAUUCUUGCGUACCCCCACCUAAACUUGGACUCCCUUUAAAUCGACCGACCGACUCCUUCCUUCCACCAGAAAAAGUAACACAGCGCAGCACAACGUCACCGUCGUCAUCCUCCACAUCGUCGACAUCAUCGUUGUCACCUUACGGUCACGCCUAUUCAUCGUCCAAUCCCUCCCCCCUCUCUUUAAAAACCUCCAUUGAUUCUCAACGCAAGCUUCCAUUCAUCAACGCCCCCUCGAAUCUUCUCUUGCUCCCGCAAAUUCGCUGGAAUCAAAGAGUCCCUUGACCGAUCCCGUUCGAACCGCACAGUCCCUCUAUUUGCGGCCCUUCUUUUUCUCUUUGAGAAUCCAACAACCAGGAGGCAAAGGCCCCAGAAUCCUCGCGCACACCCACUUCUUAUGGCAGCACGCAUCAUCCGGAGCCUCCCUUCGAGCCCCCUCCGCUUCCAUUGCAGGUCUCUGAACUCGACCCCUUCCUCCGACGCGGCGGCCGCCGUGUCUCCCCUGACUUUCGUCGAGAAACACGCGCCCGCCACCGAGAAAUCAACCCCGGCCGGCCCCGCCGCCUCCAAGACCAUCGACCUGGACAGCACCGAGCGGCUCUUCGCCGGCGUGCCGACCACGAAGCUGCUGCGGUCGUCGGCCAUCCUUCACGCGGCCGCGGUCGAGUCCGUGAUCGACUUGGGCACGUGGGUGAUGCGGUCCGGGCUCAUGGACGUGGGGCCCGUGCGCGGGGCCGUGCUGGGGGCUUUGAGGCCGACGUUCUUCGAGCACUUCUGCGCCGGGGAGGACGCGGAUGAGGCGGUGAGGACGGUGGGGGAGGUGAACCGCAUCGGGUUGAGGGGGAUGCUGGAUUACGCGCUGGAGGACGCGGAGGACAACGAGGCGUGCGACCGGAACAUGGAGGAGUUCCUCCGCACCGUCGAGUCCGCCAGAUCGCGCCCGUCAUCUUCCGUGAGUUUCAUCAUCGCGAAGAUCACGGCAAUCUGCCCCAUCGAUCUUCUCAAGCGUGUGAGCGACCUGCUCCGCUGGCAUUGCAAGGACCCGUCGUUCCGCCUUUCUUGGAAGAGGGAUUCAUUCCCGAUAUUCUCCGCCUUGAGCCCACUCUACCACACGCCUUGCCGGCCCGAGCACUUGACCCCUCAGGAGGAGCGGGAUCUACUACUAGCCCACCAGAGACUGCAGACGCUCUGCGAGAAAUGCCAAGAGGCCAGCAUCCCUCUGUGCAUCGAUGCAGAGUACACGGCCGUCCAGCCUGCCAUCGACUACUUCACCUACUCUGCGGUGGUCGCGCACAACAAGCACGAGCCAGUGGUAUAUGGAACGAUGCAGGCCUACCUGAAGGACGCAAGGCAGAGAUUAUUGUUGGCGACUGAGGAGGCUGAGAGAAGGGGAGUCGUGAUGGGCAUCAAGCUGGUGAGAGGGGCUUACAUGUCUAGGGAAAGCAAGUUGGCGCAUUCCCUGGGUCAGGAGUCGCCAAUUCACAAUACCAUUCAAGAUACUCACGAUUGCUACAACGAGUGCGCAUCAUUCAUGCUCGAGAAGAUCGCCAGCAGGUCUGGCGCGGUCGUUCUCGCCACCCACAAUGUCGAUUCAGGUAAAGAAAGAUCGAGCUCUGCUCUGAUCAUGGGGCAUUAUCCGGAAUGGGAUGAAGAUCAUCCAAUCCACUUUGUGGGGCAUUCGGCGGGGCAGGUUGUUCGGGUUUUGCAACAGAUGCUUGCUGAUAAGGCUUUUAAUGGGUAUGAGAACACUUCUGAGAACUGGGUGUUGAGUAUCACAGCCUUAUCAGGGGCAUUCAAUGGGACCACAAGAACCUACUUAGAUGGAAUGCGGCCAGAGGAUGGAAAGACGAUGAAGGCGGUAUGUCUGCUUCAGCUUUGCCGUCUCGGAGUGAUAGUAUACGAUUGGCUUGACAUCCCAUGGCUGAAAGCCUAUUACAAUUUUGGUUUUGAUCAUUUUGGCAUUUCUUGGAAGAAAGUAGGGAUUUGGGGUCUGUUAAAUUGCAUAUUGGGAAAUACAGGCCCCUUUGCCUCUGGCGAUUGGAUUCUCCCAGACCUCACGAUUCAAGGGUCGAUGCGAUUGAACAGCCAUCUGCAUACUUUCCCCAAUACCUUUUAUUUCAGUUACGCCACCAAGCGUAGAAAGAUCCUCGGCCUCACAGUUCCUUCAAGCGUACUAGGCAUCCACCCUCUGUUUUUUAUAAGGGUGCUUCAGAUGAGUCAAUGGCGGCAUCCUCCAGAUGUUCCUCCUCCUUACAAAGGCUACAGGGACGAAGAUUGGCAGGAUAAUGAUGGAGCACUCAACAUUAUGUCCAUGACUCACCCACGCCUCCCGAUCGAACAUCCUAGUCAUUAUGUCGUGUCGGACGCCGAUUGCCAACCUCUGGAACCAGGCAUCUGGUACUACAAGAUGGUGGAAGCUGAUCACAUGCUGUUCAUUGUGAACCGUGAGAGAGCCGGAGUUCAGUUCGAUCUCAUAUAUGAUAGCAUCUUCCAACGAUGCCGAAAGCAUGUUUUUAGAAAAUCUCUGCCAACAUUGCCGAAUAACAUAGUUGCUGAUGAUGAGUAGAUGAGGAAACUGGAAAGAAGCUUAUAGCAUUUCUCCAACUCCAUGUCAUUCUGUUGAGUUGAUGCCGAUUUUGGCCCCUCAUUUUGAUAUUAGCAGUGUUAGGAAAGCUAUAGGCAGGCUCGGAAUUAAGUUUGUGAAAUUAGUUGAAGCAAGCAGAUUUUCUGGCAUGAGCAUACAGAAAUUCUCUCUGCAUCUUA